AUGACUCACUACGGUGUUUCGUCAAAACUACUCUUGUAUCCCCAACACACCACGCACACAAACAUGUCUAAUACAGAGGCCACAGAGGCUCUUUACCUCCAUGAUGCCUCGCUUCGGGAUUUGACGACAGAGGUCAUAUCCUCACAGCCCAUCACAUCCUUAUCUGAAGAAGAGCAGAGUCUGGCCAAAAAUGUGCCAGCAGAAGAUAGCGUCGUGACGAUGCGAGAGACAAUCUUCUAUGCCCAAGGUGGCGGGCAGCCCAGCGACACCGGCGCCAUCGGAUCAGACCAACCUGCCACAUUUGAAGUGACCCUGGUCCGCAAAACACCCGAUGGGAGAUACCUCCAUUUCGGAAAAUACAAAGACGUGCCUUUUGCAAUGGGCCAGAUGGUCGUGCAGAAGAUUGAUGACUCCAAACGCAACUACCACUCCCGGCUACACACAGCUGGUCACAUUGUUGGACUCGCGAUGCAGCUAUUGAUGCCGGAGAAGAAGAAAGUGAAGGCGAAUCAUUUUCCAAGGGAGGCAUCAAUGGAGUACGAGGGUCUUCUGUACAAUGAAGAUAAGCCAACAAUCCAGGGAAAGGUUGAUGAGCUGGUGCGACAGGAUCUGGCGAUCCUUAUCUCGUGGGUCGAGGGGGAGGAAGGCGAGGAGGGACGCUCACACGAUGGGCGGACGAGGAUAGCGAGCAUUGGAGGUUUGGAUCAUAAUCCUUGCGGUGGCACCCACGUGCCACGAACGGGGCACGUGGGGUCUAUCAUUAUUCGCAAGAUCAGCCGCCAAAAAGGGAUCAGUCGAGUGUCUUAUGAUGUGUCUCCAGGGAUUGAAGGCUGA